GUGGAUUACUAUCAACUACUCCAACUACCCACAACAGCCUCGACUGACGAGAUUUUACGAGCGUAUAAACGACUAGCAUUGAUUCAUCAUCCCGACAAAUCCAGUCCGAACCACCCCCCAAUACCUGCCGCCUCUAAUCAAAGACCUUUCUUAGCACAGAAUGGGUCUACUAGGAUCGAUUUUCGUUUAUUGAACGAGGCCAAAUACGUUCUAUCCGAUCCUCACAGAAGGGCGGAAUACGAUGCUACACUGAUCAUACAUCAAGGUCAAGGUGGUGGGGAAGAGGAGGAGGUUGAGGGUCUGGAGAAGGAAGUGGAAUAUUGGACGUAUCCAUGCAGGUGCUCGGGUCAGUUUAGAAUCACUAGAGAGGAUUUAGAAGAAGGUGUGGACGUUGUGGGGUGUGCUGGAUGUGGAGAGUGGGUAAAAGUGUUGUAUGAGGUGUUGGAGGAUGGUCCGUAG